AGCGGGGCGGGGCGCGGCCUCUUUGGUGCUGGCGGCCGGCGAAGAUGACGAAGGGUACAUCAUCGUUUGGUAAGCGACGAAAUAAGACACACACCCUGUGUCGUCGAUGUGGGUCCAAGGCGUACCAUCUGCAAAAAUCGACCUGUGGGAAGUGUGGUUAUCCUGCUAAGCGUAAGAGAAAGUAUAACUGGAGUGCAAAGGCUAAAAGACGCAACACCACUGGUACUGGUCGCAUGAGGCACCUGAAAAAGGUCUACCGUCGAUUCAGGAAUGGAUUCCGUGAGGGAACCACACCGAAGCCCAAGAGAGCAGCUGUUGCAGCCUCCAGUUCAUCUUAAAGACUCAUCUAUUUCUUAAAAUAAAUGGUCUUAUCCAGAAAAUCUGUCA